AUGUAUACGCUGGAUCCGUCUAAAGUAGAAUCUACAGCAGCAUCUGCACCAACACCUAUGGCUGCACCUGUCUAUACAAAUUCUACUAUUCAAUAUCCGAAAUUAGAAUCUACAGCUGUACAGACACCAAUGGUAGCACCUAUGUAUGUACCUUCUUCAUAUCAAUAUCCUGGAUCACAACUAACCAAUGCAGGUACACCAGCGCCAAUGGUAGCACCUGUCUACAUGCCUUCUCCAUAUCAACAUCAGCCAUAUCAAAAUCCGGUAACAUCCACCGUACAACAGGAUAUGAGCAAGAUUCGUGAUUGGUUACCAUGGUCUAUUAUUAGUUUAGUUCUCGGAGGAAUAAUACCGGGUUUUAUUCCUCUAGUAUUUUCUUUAAUAUGCCGAAGUAAAAAGAAAAAAAAUGAUGCCGCAGGUGCUAAAACAAUGAGUACAUUAGCUUUGGUAUUCAACAUCAUAAUGACAAUUAUCGGAUUAAUUAGUAUCAUCGGUCUUAUUGGAUACUUAAUUUAUUAUAGACGAAUGAUGGAGGGCUUGGAAUAUUAA